AUGGCUGAAUCAACGACCAUCUCCAAUACCGCAAAUUUGAUGAAAUACAUGAAACUCGAUCAGAAAGGAUCAGUACUCGCAGAAUAUGUCUGGAUUGAUGGCUCUAAUGGCGUCCGAUCAAAAACCAAGACUCUUAGCGGACCUGUGAAGUCCUACAAGGAACUUUCGGAGUGGAAUUUCGAUGGCUCAUCUUGCGGCCAAGCGCCUGGGGACAACUCUGACGUCUACCUACGUCCCGUCGCAAUCUACCCAGAUCCAUUCCGUGGCGGUGACAACAUUCUUGUCAUGUGUGAGUGCUGGGACCAUGACGGCACCCCAAACAAAUUCAACUAUCGCCAUGACUGCGCCCGUCAAAUGGAAGCUCAUGCCGAUCAAGAGCCAUGGUUCGGUCUCGAGCAGGAGUAUACUCUGCUAGGGCCCGAUGGAUGGCCAUAUGGAUGGCCAAAGGGUGGCUUUCCCGCACCACAAGGUCCGUACUAUUGUGGCGUUGGCACAACUAAGGUCUACUGCCGUGACAUCGUCGAAUCUCAUUACAAGGCCUGCCUGUUCGCCGGAAUCCAGAUCUCCGGAAUCAACGCCGAGGUUAUGCCCGCGCAAUGGGAGUACCAAGUCGGUCCUUGCAAAGGCAUCGAGCUGGGUGAUCAACUCUGGAUGUCUCGCUAUCUCCUUCGCCGUGUUUCGGAAGAAUAUGGCGUUCAAAUCACGCUCGCGCCGAAACCUAUCCCUGGAGAUUGGAACGGUGCUGGCCUGCACACAAAUGUAUCAACAGCCGAUAUGAGGAAAGACGGUGGCAUGAAGGCGAUUGAAGCUGCAAUGAAAAACCUUGAGAAGCGCCAUGUCGAGCACAUCGCCGUCUACGGUGAGGGCAAUGCGGAACGUAUGACUGGCGAGCAUGAGACAGCUAGUAUGGACAAGUUCAGCUGGGCAGUCGCGGACCGUGGAGCUUCCAUCCGUAUCCCUCGUCAAGUUGCAGCCGAUGGUAAGGGCUAUUUCGAAGACAGGAGACCCGCUUCCAAUGCCUGCCCAUACCAGAUCACUGGCAUCACUAUGGAGACCGUAAGUAUCGAUCUGUAA